CUUCCUUCCUCACAGGCACAAGUCUCAUUCAACUACUUCCCAUCAAUACUUACAUCCACCAAAAUGCCCCGAUACGCCAAAGACCAGCCCGCCGGCUUCACCAACACCAUUGAACGAGUCGCCAUCGUCGGCGCCGGCGGCACCAUCGGCACCCACAUCACGACGGCCCUCCUCGCCACCGGUCUUCACACCAUAACCGCCCUCACCCGCCCAACCAGCACCACCAAACUCCCCCCGGGCAUCCACAUCGCCCCCGUGGACUACACCGACGAAAGCACCCUCAUCGCCGCCCUACAAGGCCACCAAUUCCUCAUCAUCACCCUCGCACCCACCGCCCCGCGCGACACACACAGUAAACUCGUCCACGCGGCCGCCAAAGCAGGCAUUCCCUACAUCAUGCCGAAUAGCUACGCGGGGGAUAUCGACAACGUCAAACUGAACGAAGAUACCCUCCUUGGCCCUGUGGCUCAAGCCCAACGGGCCGAGAUCGAGGCAUUAGGUAUGCAGUGGGUCGCGCUAUGUUGUGGAUUCUGGUACGAGUAUAGUUUGGCUGGGGGGGAGACGCGAUUCGGGUUUGAUUUUGCGAGGCGGAGAGUGACGAUGUAUGAUGAGGGGAGGAGUGUGAUUUCGACGACGACGUUGAAGCAGGUGGGGAGGGCGGUGGCGCGGGUGUUGAGUUUGAAGGUGCUACCCGAGGAUGAGUUUGAUGGGGGACUUGCGUUGGAAGGGUUUCUGGGCAAGGGGGUGUAUGUGAGGAGUUUUGUCCUUACUCAGAGGGAUAUGUUUGAGAGUGUGUUGCGUGUGAGCGGGACGAGGGAGAGUGAGUGGGUUGUUGUGAAGGAGGAGAGUAAGAUGAGGUAUCGGGAUGGGUUGGCCCUGGUGAAGAGGGGGAAUAUGGCCGGGUUUAGUAAGUUGUUGUAUGCGAGGGCGUUUUGGCCGGAGGAUUCGGCGGAUCUUUCGGGGAAGGCGCAGAAUGAGGUGUUGGGGUUGCCGGAGGAGGAGUUGGAUGAGGCGACGAGGGCGGGGAUUGAGUUGGUGGAGGAGUUGCAGCUGCGGGUUGAGAGGAUGGCGGCGUAGUAGUAUCUCAUAUGGGGUUAACUAGUUGAUGUAUGUAUUAUCGCGGGAUUACUAGGCGAGAGGUAC